AACCUUUUUCUGUUUCUGCUUUUGCAAUACAUACUCAUCUUCUGAGUUGGAAUUUCAAACGAAAUUGGAUUUUGGUAGGGAGUUUUGUUUUGUCUUCAAAUGAUGCUGUUUUGUCAUAUAGGAUUCUUUAGCCCGUAGAUUCUCCCGGCCAGGGACAUAAAAAGUGAUAGGUGAAAUCCAAAAAGUUUUAUGCAUGGUCAUCAAUUUUAUCUAUGUAAUCAAACUGAAUUGGAACCUAAUUGUUGCUUGAGUCUCUUAACAUAAUAAUUUGUGUUUACAGAAGGAGAUUCAUUUCUGUGUUCUUUCAGACUAGAGUAAAUAUAUCAUAUUCGAAGAGCAAAUAUUUUGUCAACCUCGUAGAAAAUCCUCAUUUUUAAGUGGCAGAUAAGUUUUAAGAUUUAAGUUGAAUGUCUGAAGAAUCUUAGAUCAAUACGGAACUUUUUGUUUCCUGAGCUUUUUCAUUUGAUUUCAAGAAUGUAUUUGGUUAUGUCUAUAUGGGUGUAAAGGAAAGUCUUUGAUUUUUAUUUUUCUCUUCAAAAUACAAUGAGGCCACUAUGUUAGGAACGAUAUUCUUUGCUAUGCUAAGGUGGAACUUUAUCUGUCAUGUCAAAUCAUAUUUGAUCAAAGCUAAUAACUAAGUUUUGUUAAAAAGGAAGUUUGAAUUCUCUUUGCUGGCCAAGUGAGAUCACAGUUAGUACUUGAAUACAUUCAAAAUCAUAGUCGUGGUCUAAAGAUCAAGUGGCAACAAAUUCUAAUUUUAGUCUAAAGCACACAAUUGCAUAAGGCUUACUUCAAUUUUUAGAUAAAAACUUUUGUGAAUUGAAAUUACUAUCAACCAGCUUAUUCAUGAGGCUGUCAGUCUGUAAAUUACUAAACUCCUAUGUGUAUUUAGUAUGUUUUAUCAUGUUUAUAUAGAUAUGCUGUUCUAACUGGAAGUGUCUUCAAAUUUUGUUAAUCUCAGUAUAGGCAUCCUAGAAGGUUCAACAAGAUUUCAUCAGUGAGCUACUUGGCCUGUUUUACUAUUUCUCAAGACUGAAAUUUUAUAAGAGCUGACUGAAUAAAAGGCGAACUAUGUCAUUAGUUAUAUCUUCAGAGCUGGCUGAUACAUCAUAUAGGAAUGCCAAGCUUUACUCUCUAAAGGGAACUGAUGUUACACCUGACUCAUCCUCCCAUAAUUUUGGUUCUGAUAAGCACAGAAGCAUGUAUGAGACUGAUUCUUACUCGAGUGAGAGUUAUGAAAAGUACUUCCUUGAUUCACCUACAGAAGAACCGAUAGAACCAUCUAGUUCCAGCAUAUCAGGAAAUUCAAUUCACCCUGAUGGUGCUUCUUCUUACCAGCUCAGAGCUAGUUCAGGAGCUUCUAUGGUUGCUAAUAAUCCAUUUGAUAUUUCUUUUUCGUCUACAAGGCACUCUGAUGCCUAUCAGUCCAACUUUGGAUCAGAUUUCUUGGAAAAUGAGAGCCCGGAUUGCCUUGACUUUGAUGGUGAAAUGAGAUUAAAAAUACAAGAAUUGGAGAGAGAAUUGCUUGGUGAUAAUAAUGAUGAUGAGGAGGAGGAGGAAGAUAUAUUUGGUACUGCUCAAAGCAUGGAGAUUGAUCCUGACAUUGCUGAUAUGCUGCUCCAUGACUCACCGAAGGAGUCUUCGUCCUCAGAUUCCUAUCUUAGUAGCUUCAGUAGCACCAAAGAAAUAUCACAUAACUCUCCUCGGACCCCCAAGCAAUUGCUUUAUGAAUGUGCUAGUGCACUUUCAGAAGGAAAUGAAGAGGGAGCCUCAUCAAUGAUAAAUAAUCUCCGGCAGAUGGUCUCAAUUCAGGGAGAUCCUUCCCAAAGAAUUGCAGCCUAUAUGGUGGAAGGACUUGCAGCUCGCGUGGCUUCAUCCGGAAAAUGCAUUUAUAAAGCUUUGAAAUGCAAGGAACCUCCUUCUUCAGAUCGUCUAGCAGCCAUGCAGAUACUAUUUGAGGUGUGCCCAUGUUUUAAAUUUGGAUUUAUUGCUGCGAAUGGCGCUAUUGCAGAGGCUGUUAAAGAUGAAAAGAAGGUUCACAUAAUAGAUUUUGACAUCAAUCAAGGAAGUCAAUACAUAACUCUAAUACAAACACUUGCUUCAAGGCAAGGUAAGCCACCCCAUGUGACAUUGACUGGGGUUGAUGAUCCUGAGUCUGUGCAAAGAUCUGUUGGAGGCUUAAGUAUCAUAGGACAAAGACUUGAAAAGCUUGCAGAAGCACUUGGAUUGCCAUUUGAAUUUCGAGCUGUGGCAUCAAGGACUUCACUUGUCACUCCAUCAAUGCUCAACUGUCGUCCUGGUGAAGCACUUGUGGUGAACUUUGCAUUCCAGCUUCAUCACAUGCAUGAUGAAAGUGUAUCAACUGUAAAUGAACGUGACCAACUUCUUCGCAUGGUUAAAAGCCUGAAUCCAAAACUUGUGACAGUUGUGGAACAAGACAUGAACACUAACACCUCCCCCUUUAUCCCAAGAUUUGUUGAAGCCUACAAUUACUACUCUGCUGUGUUUGACUCACUUGAUGCAACUCUUCCUAGGGAGAGCCAAGACAGGAUAAAUGUUGAAAGGCAAUGCUUGGCAAGGGACAUUGUGAAUAUUGUGGCGUGUGAGGGCGAGGAUAGAAUAGAACGGUAUGAAGUUGCUGGAAAAUGGAGGGCAAGGAUGACAAUGGCUGGCUUCACUUCAUCCCCAAUGAGCACAUGUGUGAUAGAAGCAAUUAAGAAACUCAUUAAGCAGUACUGUGACAGGUACAAGAUAAAGGAGGAAAUGGGGACACUUCUUUUUGGGUGGGAAGACAAAAACUUAAUUGUUGCUUCAGCAUGGAAGUGACCAAGACAAUUAUUUUGUUACGUGAGAUUCAUUCUGGUAGUGUUAAUGCAGUAUUUGCUUGCUUGCUUAGUCUAUUUGUAUGUUUAAGCACAGUCCGGAUCCAGAUGUAUACUAAGGUGCAAUUUUAAGCUAAUACGAACUUUCAUGUUAUCUAAGUGCUUAACGUGGUUGGAGAACAAGGGAGUAAAUGACAACAUUAAACACUGUGCUUUGGGUUGUA